AUGUCUCCGUCUCAUCGUGCAAGGAUCGAGUCUACCCAGGCUUCCCAAACGCGUUUCGGGAGCUUCAAGAGUUCUAUGCGUAAGGGGUUGAAGAGCCUCAGAGAGACGUUCAAGGAGGAGAAGAAGGACGGCUUCGCUCCGAAGCCUACCGCACUUGCUCUGCAGACUCCGCCCAUGGCUCCCCAUCCACAGCCAACCAUCAAGUCUACCCAGACUCCUCCAAAUCGGUUCUCUACGCCCGCCGCUCCUAGGGAGAAAAAUGAUCGCGAAAAGCGCAAUGUUGAAUCGGAUCUAGAACCAGCUACCAUCAAGUCUCGACUGCGCAUUCGGAACACCAACCGCGAGAGAGCCACCAUCGUACCGGGUGACGAAGAUGACGCUGCGACUGAGCCUAUCACCAGGUUCAAGAUACAGCAUAGGUUUCGAACAGAGUCUCUGCCAUCGUCUCCGCCGAAGGCUGAGUCCGCCCUCGCUGCGAUGUAUGAGAAAGAGCAAGGGGAUUAUUGUUCUGGGGAGAGAACGGCUGCGAAGUCUGAAGCAGGGGCGCAGGCGGAGAUCGAGAUAGAGGAAACGUUGACUUUGAGAGAUUCGAAAGAAGGACAUGUAUCAGCUCCGCGGGACACGACGUCGGAUGCUUCUGCGGUCGUCACCGGAUUCGAUAAACGCAUGCGAACGCUCACAGCGCGCAUGGUAGACAUGAAAGCAAAGUUGAACAAAGAGGUAGAAGAAAGAGAGGAGCAUGACUUCGAUUUGGAUGAAUGGGGAAGUCACGCUCUGAGGCAAAUUGCCUUUCUCAAGAAUGAAGUCGCAAAUGUUUGCGACAGUAAAUACGUCCUCAGUGAAGAGGAAGUCGCCAAAAUUGAAGAGGAGAAAAGAGCUAGCGAGAUGGUUUCUACUGCUUGUAUAUCUUCUGUUCUUGAAGAUGAACGAGAUAAGCUCCUGGAGCAAGUCGAUACUCUGUUGAAAGAUGAGACUAAGAAUGAGGCACCGGCAAAUGCACCAAAGGCACCCAGAGCUCAAUACUGCCACUACUUGGUCGAGGAACAGUCCUCCCUACCGGAGACUGUACAGCUCACAAAGCAUGCCCCGUGGUGGCUGGUCGAAUGCUGCACCAAAAUCACCACAGACGUAUAA